GGGGGGGGGGGUCUGUCGGAGUUUUGGUCUUGCCUAGACCCCAAGCAGCGGGACUCGCUGCUGACUAUCAACGGGAAGGCUGUGAGGGAUGCCCUGGACUGCGACUUGUGUCGUGACCUCGUGAGCUCAGCCACGUUCGCCCUGGAGGAAGAGACGAAGGUGGACAUGCAGCCGCCGCCGCCACCGGGCACAGGUCCUAACGGCAACUCCAGCGCCCUCGUCAAGUCUUCGAAGAAAAAGCCUCCAAAACAUUCUCCAAAACCAACGGCGAGCGUCAGGUCUUCGGGUAAUCGGGGACAGAGCCUUCAUGGCGGACUGGGUAGGAUGGCCAGAGAUGCAAAUGCGAUGGCCUUGCUACGUCAAGUAUCUCGCCGGAGUCUUCGCGUUACAGCCGACGGAGGUGUUGGAUAGGGCGGUGUCGGCGAUGUCGGAGAUCGAAGAGCCGUGGAGGCCAAUGCCGCCGGAGCCGGGGGAUCGGGGGUGUUACUGCAAAGGGAAGCUCAUCCUCAAGGUGGUGGACAUGCUUACGUACCCUCGACCAGUCAGGAAGUUCGAGGUGCUGGUAGAAGAUCAGAUGUCGCUCCUGGGCCUGAGAGAGAUCAUGCUCGUGAAUGUGAAGCUGGAAUCGGCGACCAAGCUCGUGCUUUUAACCAGGGGAAGAGCAAUCGGGCCUGAGAAGAACAACCACACUCUUCAAGAGCUAGGCUUCAAGAACAAGCAGCAAGUCGUGGUAUCCCAGGUGCUGGGCGGCCCGAGUACGAACGACUCCGGCACAGAAGAAAAGAACAGACAGUUUGUCGGUGAUCUACUGUUCGGGGGAUCCACGCCAAACGAGGCCACCGCCACCGCUCCUAAGCUUAACAAGGCCACCGCCGGGGCGGCGGGCGGAGCAACGGGGGGCACGGAGGCGGCGUCUUCGGCCAUCGCCAACGGGGGCAUCGUGGAUGGUAAUGCGGCACCCCCCCUCAAGGGUUUCUCGCCGGGCUCAACAUCACGCGGCGGGGGUACUGCGAGUAGAAGCGUUGGCCGAGUUGCCGGUGCGACUGACGCUAGCAAGGGGGCGGAAGGGUGUCUCGAGAGAGAUUCUGCGUCGCCCCCUCCUCCGGUUGACAACUCACCGGGUGCUGACGGUGAGGGAGCGGCGAAGGCAAGCAGGGGUAGGAAGAGGGCCGCGGAUGACCAAUACGACGAAGCGUACGACUAUGAGGGGUCGAGCGACUUUGAUGGCGACGGGAGCGGUCACGACGAUGACUAUGACGACGAGGGGGGCGACAAGCAUGGCCACGGCAAGGAGCCGCCGUUAAUGGAGCGUGUGGAUAGCAUCAUGGACACGUUGGAAGCGGUACAUGCGCAGGAGACGGAGGCCUACGCGUUGCGGGGUCCAGAGUUGCUGGUUCUAUCCGUGCUCAAGUGCGGGCCGGACGGCGAGACUAACGGGGAGCCCGGCACCGGGCGCGUGCCUUCUCUCUUCGCUAACCAUGGAUUCCAGGUGCUCGGCCAGACCCUGAGCCGGCUCGCUCGAAGGAACAUCGCCCAAGCUUGGAAGGCGGAGCUGAAGGCUAGGGAGUACGAGAGCAGCCUGCUCAAAGAGCUAGAGGCCGAGCAGGGAGGUGCUGGAGAAGAGGAGGGGGCAGCUGCUAGGCGCCGCAGCAAGAAGGCUAAGAGGAAGGAAAGGGACAAGAAGCGUCGCGAGGAGGAGAAACGCCUCCAAGACGAGGAGAACGCAAAGAGGGAGCUGGCGAGACAGGAGAAGAUAAGGCUGGCGGAGGAAAGGGUCAUCGAGGAGCGCCGCGCUAGGCUGCUGCAGGAGAGGCAGGAGCAAGAGAGGCAAGAGGCACAGUGGAAGCUCGCACAGGCACGCCGCGUCCAAGCGGAGGCGGAGCAGCUGGAGGCGCAAUUGUCGCUGCUAGGACUACAGGACGAGACAAAGGGGCAGCCCAACCAUGACGAAGACAUCCGCCAGGCCUUCCAGAACAAAAGCCAUCCCCCGUCUGCUGCGGUCGAGCAGCCCACCUCCGGCGGCAAGGGCAAGAAGUCGAAGGGGAAGAAAGACAAGCAGCAGAAGCAGAAACAGAAAGUUGUUGCCACGCCGAAGCUCUCAUCCAAGGGCAUCAUUGGCAGUAGGCUCAUCGCCGCUGAGGCUGCCGGCGGGGGCAGCGGGUCCACGAUCAACGGCAACGGCGGCCCGCCCGCUACGCAAAGCGAUGGCAGCAGCUGCACCAUGAAGCACACCUAUGCGAGCGCUGAGAUCACGGAGACGAUCAGUCAGUUUGCUGGCAUCGGUUUCGCAGCAACGUCACCGUCUUCCUUGGCGACACCGGUGCAGCAACAGCAGCAGCAGCAGCAUCGCCCCCCGCCCGGCCCGAUAGCCCCGCCGCAGGGGCGCACGGCCUCUCCGUCCCUCCUCCAUGACCCGAGGAGCCCGCAAGCGAUCGUACACAACGACCAACGACAGUAUGUGCAUCACCAUCACCCCGCAGGCUCCGUGCACCCACAGCACCGCCUACAGCAGCAGCAGCAGCAGCAGCAGCAGCAGCAGCAGCAUGCACCGACGUGUGCCCCCAUCACGUCGUUAGCAGAUCUGCAACAGGCCGCAAGGGGCCCGGCGAUGACUGUCGGCGUCACGAGCGCUGUAGCGCCCGCGGACACUGUGAUGGUGAACACAGGAGAGCUGCCGGGGGCGGCGGCGGGGGGCGGGAGCGGGAGUGCAGCAGCAGCAGCAGCAGCAGCAGCAGCAGCAGUAGCAGCGGCGAAGUUUUGCACGUUUUGUGGGGAGCGUUUAGUCCCGGCUACAGCCAACUUCUGCGCGUACUGUGGGCAGCGGGUCAUUCGCAGCGCUCAAGCUGCUGUCGGCGAAAGCGUCGCAUCCCCCCCGCUUCCGCCCGCCCCGGCCCUUGUCCUUCCACACCCUCCACACCCUCCACACCAGGAGCAACAACAUAUCCUGUCUCACGCCUCCGUACGGCCGCCGCCGGGGCCCGUCGGCGGCGGUCGAGAGCAACGGGCCGAGCCCCCCCGCGGCCCGCCCAUGAGCGCCAGCGGCCGCUCCCCGUCGUCUCCCUACCUUGGGGGUCCCGACCUCCUGCCGGCCGGCGGUGGCGACGGCGGUGGCGGUGGCGGUUCGUCGUCGUCGUCUUUGCCGUUCUUUCAGCAGUUCCGAGAGGCCAACGGGGACACCGGGGGCGGUGGUAGCGGAUUGGGAGUCGGCGGGAGGAGUCGGUCUGCGGGGGUUGUCGCUGGGCCUGGGACCGGACGACCGGGCCUGGACGGCGCCGGCGGUGGUGACGGCGGCCAUCACCAGCAGAGGAGGGGUAAAGGCGAGACGGCGGCGGAGGUUGAGGUCGCCGAGGCGGACGAGGGGGCUUCGGCGCUAGAGCUGGAGGGAAUCUUGGGGGGGGGGAUGGGGUCGCUCGGGGGCGGCGCAGGAGGUGUGAACAACGGGACGUCCAAUGGCGAGGCGAUUCACCCUUGGUAGGUGGAACCGGGUACAUUGUUGGUUCCUGUUCCUCUCUGGGGCCGGCACGCGAGCGAUGAUGAUUCAAAGCAGUAAAGGUCGGCACAUCUCGUAACUAAACCUGUCGAAAAGCGGUUGAUGCCUGAUGCGCUUCCAGUUCGGGGGAGGCCGGAGUGAGAUAGUGUAGAGGAGACUACCCAGAAUAUGUGGAUGUCUCUGAGAGGUCCAUAUAGCGCGAUGGGGGUAGUGUUUCGAUUGUGCGCCCUCCCCUCUCGCACCUUUCGGCGUUGGCAUGAACAACUUGUGAAACGGCUGUGAAGCCGGGAGCUGAAGCUUGGCAGUAUCUAGUUGGGUUAACCUAGGAUGGUAAGAUAGGUGAAGUUCACGCAACAGGCUAGACUGCAAAGUGUGUGGCGACGAUCGGUUACACCGAGGACGGCUUUGCGUGCGUCAUGUCCAGCCCAUUUCUCGUGUGCGUGUGGCGUGACGCCUGCUGACUGCGUUGACUUAUGUUUCGUCUUUGCUGCUUCUUCAAGACGUCGUCCUCGUAUGACCUCGUAUAUGUGCUCCACCCUCUUAACCACCAAUUAGAUGCACUCCCGCUGUCCCUAUUCCUCGACGGCAAACAAGCAAGCUGUCGUUGUUGUGAUCUUUCUCUCACAGGGAGAUGGAGUCGUGGCAUCACCGAAUUCUAAGUCGUGCUCCAGUUAAGAGUCUCGUUUUUUCGGGUGUUGAGCAUCCACAAGCUUCCAGCCGUAUAGAUGGUGUACCAAAGCAAAGGUGGUGGUUUCGUGGUUUCGACACCAUGAGCGGAACCAGGAGCAGAUGAACGAGAGCCUCGAUUAAACUGCUUGCUCCUUGUCCCGACAGCAAGGGAGAUCAAAAGUCCUCACGAGCUUGCAGCUGCAUUUGACCGAACCUGCCAAGAAUGAUUUUCGCACGUAACCACUCUUUUUUGUGCCGAUUUUCCUGCUCUGAUGCAAAGUACCGGGGAUGACACCGCUCGUUGUUAGUAAACUUGAUC